AUGGCUAAUAUUGCAGCAGGCAUUAACAUGGUGACUGUUCUUGAGCACCACCGUGUGUCACCACCACUUGAUCCUUCUGUCACGGUAAAGCUCUUACCCCUCACUUUUUUUGACAUGAUGUGGCUAACCUUGCCCCCUCUUAGCCGUGUGUACUUCUAUGAUUUCCCAUGUUCUACAUCUCAGUUUAGGGAAAUGCUUGUUCCGCCUCUUGAGAGAUCACUAUCCCUGGCUCUUAAAUACUAUUUUCCUUUGUGUGGUAAUCUCAUAAUUCCCACAAAUCUUACCAGUAAUAUCACCCCUGCAAUACGCUACUCAAAUGAUGACUCGGUUUAA